GAUGACUCAAGCUCCAUUUACUACAAAACAGACUCACAUUCGCCUGUAUCUUUACCACAUCUUCAUUUUGUAGUGAAGCAGUGCUCCCUAAAAACUCUCAAAAUGGCUCUCUCACUCUUCACCGUCGGACAAUUAAUUUUCUUAUUUUGGACAAUAAGAAUCAAUGAAGCCAGCCCCGACCCCGCAGCCAAAGCCGCCCCAGUCGCCGACCCUGCCGCAGCCGCUGUAGCCCCCGCCGCUGACGCCUUCUCAGCAGCCGCCGACACUGCCUCUGACGCCGCCGCCGCCGCCGCCGCCACCGCCGCCAAAGCCAAAGCCGCCGCCGAAAAAACCGCCCAAGACGCCGCUGCAGCAGCCGCAGCCACCGCCAGAGGUUAAGGAUCGUGGUCGUCUUGAUGUGGGAUCAUGUGAACAUCUGAGCAGCGAGAUGUUACCAAUCUGCUGAAUAAACAUGAGAACCUGUUUGUUGAAAA